CGUCGGAUCUCAACCCGAUCAAGCCGCUGACCUCCAACGCGCACGGCGAGGUGUGGCUGAGCCAAUUUGGCGCCGACGUCGUCGUUGUCCAGCGCAUCCACGACAAGUCGUCCGAGAGUCUAGCCAUGUUUGUUGAAGAAAUCUUGCUCCGCGCCACGAUUGAGAGUCCGUAUAUCGUACAGUUUAUCGGCGUCAGCUGGCACCAGCCCCGCGACAUGGCGUGCGUGCUCGAAUACAUGAACCGGGGAAAUCUCCAAGACUACUUGGCGCGGCACUCGCCGACAACGUACCCUUGGGCGGCCAAGUUGGAGGCGAUCGUCAGCAUCGUCCGCGGCCUCAUUUACCUCCAUACGUUGGACCCGCCAAUCAUCCACCGCGAUCUGCGGUCCCGGAAUGUUCUUUUGGACUCGGAAAAGGGCACGAAGAUCAACGACUUUGGCUCGUCGCGCGAGACGUCCGAGCAGUCGAUGACCAACGGCGUCGGGUCCUACCAAUGGGCCGCCCCCGAGCUCCUUCUCGGAUCGCUCUACAACACAGCAGUUGACAUUUACUCGUUCGGGGUGCUACUGACCGAGUUUUCGACCCACCAAGUGCCGUAUGUGCGGACGCUGGACCCGUCCACGGGUCGUGUGUACACGCAAGACAAGGUGAUGCAGCUCGUCACCAAAGGAGAGCUCGUACCGGACUUUGAUUGGGCGCCGAUCUGGCUCAUUGAGAUUGCGCGCUUGUGCAUGGCGACCGCGCCCGAGAAGCGCCCGACCGCCCUCGCCGUGGCGGGUCUCCUCGACAAGCACCAAUUCGAGGUCAUCGAGGCGUGA